UAAAGAGAGGAGGAGGAGGGAUGUGUGGUGGAGAUAAAUCUCCAUUCAGCCUCUGCCUCUGCUCAGAGACAGCUGAUGCUUCAGAGAUGCAUUGUUGGAUUUAAGCACAGGAGCUUAAAAAAAGACCAAAACUGACUGAUUAGCUUACAACUGCAGCAAAAAGAAACGAUUAAAGGGACACCAACAGCUGCUGUCUGUGUGCAGCUAUGCGGCCAAGAUCCAGACUGCUGAGCAAGAGAAGAGUUAUGCUGCCCACAAUCAGGGAGGGCAUGGAGGAGAUGGUGAAGGACCUAAAUGAGGCCAACACGUUUCAUUUUGCUGACAACAGCCAGGGUGUUCAUUCGGAGGACUACUUUCUCUCCAUCUGUCACCUGGCCCGCCCCACCUUCCCCGCCAGAGAUGUUUUCUCCCAGAAUUACCAGGCACGUCAGCAGGAGGCUGUGCAACAGAGGCUCAUUGGGAGUGCUUUGUCACAUGGUUCUGAUUUUCUGCAGAUGGAGGAGAAAAAACUGCCUGGAGAACUGUUGUGCUGCAACUCUGACCCAUUGGAGUAUCUUUAUGGGAAUCAGAAAAACCUCCUAGCCCUGUCAGGACGGGUGAGGAAAGCAUUUGUUGAGGGAAAAAUGGUAGGGCAACAAAGUGACAUAGUGGAGGGCCAAGCUCGCAGGAGAGCAAACAGCAUCCCCCACACUUCAAACACAGAUUUACCAUUCCAGCACGCAAGUAACUGCACUGAAAUCCUCUCAGAAGCCAACACCUCAGCCGCAAGUUGUUCUCCAAGACACAGCUCACCCACGUCAGAGACCAGGAGAGUCUGUCUCGUGGACAAAGGAGCAGAAGGAGAAAGACUGAAUCCAGUCACCCAACAAUCCUUGAUCUCCCAGUGGAUCUCAGACUGUAGGUCAGCUUGGAGAGAGGCACGUCUACGGGCCUGUAUGCUGCCUGCUAUUGCUGAGGUGUAGGAGGUCCGGGUACAGAGACUGGGACAUUCUUGAAAAAUAAACACAAAACAUUUUUUUGUCCGAACACAAGGCAUUCUGGGCAGAGCCGGCCCAAAGUUAUACAGGGCCAAGGCAGAAUGUGAUACCAGUUUUGGGCCAUCACCCAGGAACCCAGAGUGCACCAUUAAAAACUUGUCAGUGAUUGUUUUGACAUUCACAAGGUACAGGAUAAAACUGACUUACAUGUUGAAGCAUGGCCCCAGCUUUGAUACAAACAGUGGAAAUAAAUCAUUUUGUAGCAGUUGACAUAGAUGAUUAUGCAUUUUAUUUUGUGACGUGUUGAUUUUCCUACUUGCGCUUGAGGCCCCGAGGUGAGCAAGGGGUUCUAAGCAAAUUAUGCCUCAGGCCAAGUUGUAUUCUGAUACAUAUGUAGAAAUACAUGUUUGAAAACAUACAGAGGAAAAGAAAUAUUGUCUUCGUACAUCAAUGUUUCAUACUCUUGAUGCUUGCUGGUGAUUCUACAGGUACAUGAACAUGGACCAUUCUAUGAUGCCUGUUUUAUAUCUUAGCGUGUACUGACUUGUCAAUCAAGAAAUAAACCUGUCUUUUGAUAAGCAGUCA